AUGGAUGACAAUACUAACAAUGAUACUAAGGAUGAUUCAAAUGAUGAUUGUAUGGAGGUAAAGAAGGAGGGAGAAGACAAUCAGAAAAUGAAAGGAACCCGUAAGAGGGAGAAGAAACAAACCUCACCGGUAUGGCAUGUAUUCGAGUUAUUAAAUGAUGUUGUCACAAAAGAUGGAAUUAAGAGAGCAAAAUGCAGAUGGUGUGAUGAGGUGACGAAGUAUGACAGUAGAUAUGGAACCGGGAACUUACAACGACAUAUAAAUAAAUGUUAUAGGCCGGAUAAGCUUAUUGUAGGUCAAAUGUUAUUGGGGAAGGAUAAAGAUUCUUUGAUGUUGAAGUCCUCAAAAUUCAGCAAAGAUAUAUUUCGUGAGAAGUUAGUAAGAGCAAUUGUCAUGCACAACUUACCAUUAUCAUUUGUGGACUAUAGUGGUAUUAAAGAAUUGUUUGAAUAUGUGUCGGAAGAUUUGAAUUUAAUAUGUCGAAACACUGUGAGAUCUGAUAUUGUGAAUAUGCACAAGAAAGAAAUGAACAAGUUAAAAUCGUUUCUAAAGGAAGUACCGGGCCGUAUUUGCUUAACUUCUGAUUUGUGGACUUCUAUUACUACUGAUGGGUACAUUAGCCUUACAGCUCAUUUCAUUGAUGAAAAUUGGAUUUUGCAGAAAAGAUUGUUGAAUUUUUCUGAUAUGCCACCUCCCCACAAUGGAAUUUCAUUGAGUGAAAAAGGUUACUCUAUGCUUGCGGAUUGGGGAAUAGAAGGUAAGUUGUUUUCCAUAACAUUAGACAAUGCUUCCUCGAAUGACACUUUCGUUAAUAUCUUGAAGUUGCAAUUGAAUGUUAGGAAAGCACUUAUUAAAGAUGGUCAAUUUUUUCAUAUAAGAUGUUGUGCUCACAUUCUAAAUUUGAUAGUUCAAGAUGGGUUGAAAGAGAUGAUGGUUGUGUUUCUAAAGUAA